UGACUAUAAUAAUAAUUAUGACAAUGGCAACAAAAAUGAUUAUAAAAAUGAUUAUGAAAAUGAUUAUAAAGAUAACCCCAAUAAUGAUCUUGACAAUGAACUUGAUAAUGACCUUGAUAAUAAUAAUAAUAUUAGUAAGCAACAUAGUAUAAGUGAGGUGUAG